AUAUGAUGUUUGUUUGACAGUAGGCGCAGUUUUUACCAUAGGUUUGUGUGUGGUCGUGUUUAGGAAUUCGAUAGAAAAAAUAAUUAUAGUUUCUUAUAACUAACCAAAUAAAGAGUAACAUGAGAUUGUGAUGUGUGGAAAUUAAGAGGAAGAUUCAUUUUUUUAUGAUCCCAGAUAUAUCAAGUAACGAAGUUACAAGGUGGCCUAAUAUUUGACACAUCACACACCCAGAUACAGUAUAAUAUUGCUUUAAUUAAUAUAUCCUUAAUUGAUAGAAACAUUCGUUAUCAAUAAAGAUAACGAAAUGCAGGCCAUCAAGUGUGUGGUGGUUGGAGACGGAGCUGUUGGUAAGACAUGUCUGCUGAUCAGUUAUACUACCAAUGCGUUUCCCGGUGAAUAUAUUCCCACAGUUUUUGAUAACUACUCUGCUAAUGUAAUGGUAGAUGGAAAACCCAUCAAUCUAGGUCUAUGGGAUACAGCAGGACAAGAAGAUUACGACAGAUUGAGACCUUUAUCGUAUCCUCAAACAGAUGUAUUUUUAAUUUGCUUCUCUCUUGUUAAUCCAGCUUCAUUUGAGAACGUAAGAGCUAAGUGGUAUCCAGAGGUACGACAUCAUUGUCCCAAUACGCCUAUCAUAUUAGUAGGCACAAAACUGGAUCUUCGGGAUGACAGGAAUACAAUUGAAAAAUUAAAGGAUAAAAAACUUUCACCUAUAACAUAUCCACAAGGCUUGGCAAUGGCGAAAGAAAUCAGUGCAGUAAAAUACCUCGAAUGCUCUGCUUUAACGCAAAAAGGAUUAAAGACAGUAUUUGACGAAGCCAUUCGAGCUGUCCUUUGUCCAGUAAUGCAAGUAAAACCAAAACGCAAAUGUGUCAUCUUGUAAUUAUAUUAAUAUUAAACAAAAACAAACAAAAAAAAGAAAUAAAUUUGUUGUGUUAAUUUUGAACCAGAUCGCAUUGUAAUAUUUGAUAGAAAAAAUAACGAUUUUUCGAGAAAUGUUUUUGUACUUACAUUUCAAAAAACCAGAUGCGAAUGGGUUCAAAAUUAUUGGGAAAUUUCCAAGUGCCACAAAUCUUUUUGGUACUAGUUUCUGUGGAAACUUAUUUUGAUAUUAAAUAAUCCUUAUUGCUUCAGUUCAGUGUAUAUAAAAUUAUCUGAGACUAGUUUGUAUCAGUAACUUCUUCAUUAGCUUUAUUUUAUGCACCUAUUUUGAGUACAGGCCUCUCUUAAUUCCUCUAAAUAUUUCUAUAUUGCGUCUCUGCCACUAAUUGUUCUACCAACCAUGGUUUCCAUUUUUGUUCUUCAUUUUUGGAAGUCUAGGUGACAAGUACUUCAAAUGUCCCAAGUAAUCUGAUAAAAUUCGUGGUUAUAUUAAUUUGCAGUAGCUAAUUUUCACCAUGCAAUUUUUAUGAAAAAUGAGACCUAGGUUUUAAAAAUGAUGAAUUUCUGCAGCAUCGUUCAGAUGACCUACAAGUAUAUCUAAAGUGUCCAUGUAAGUCUGGUGUUAAUAAUAAUAAGCGCACCAAGGUUUUAACAUCCAGUUAAAAUGAUUUUGUUUGUUUAUAAACUUGAGUGAGUGAAAUGUUGGAAAUAAUCUGAUAAACGACGUGUUUCUAUUCCUCUAGGGUAAUAAAUAUUCUUGUUAAAGUCUAUCAUUUAUAAAAAAUAGUCUCCUUGUUUUAGAAACAGUUAUUUUUUAUAUAAAUAUACCGGGUAGUUCAUAUGUCUUAUGAGUUCAUCGUUUUUUUAUUUUAUCCAUUUAUUGUAAUAAUGCUUUCCUCAAAUAUUUCCGCUAUUUUUGUUGGAACUUUACUUGGAGAGAGUUUUCUUCAAAUCUUUCAUUUGUGGUUGCAUUUUUAUUACAAUAUGCAGCAGAGUUCAAAUGACCUACCAAGUUUCUUCUACCUAGAGUGUCUAAAGUAAUUUUGUAUAUAAACAUACGAAGUAGUUUACAUGUCUUAUGAAUUCAUCAUUGUUUUAUCCAAUAUUAUUUACUGUAACCAUACCUCCCGCAAGUUUUCCACCAUACUUCUUGGUCCUUCACAUGUACAGAGUUUCCUUUAAAUCUCUUCAUCACCUUGUGGGAAGUCUGCUUCUGAGAGCAUCUUAACUUUAACGCCAUUCCAUUAUUCUUUGGUUCAUUUAUGAUCCAUGCUUUUAGCAACAUCUCGAGACCAAUUCAGUCAAUUUGCUGUGAGGCCUGUCUUAAACCGUUUUAUAAUGUCAAAUUAUUAUGUUGCGAUCUCUUUUUAUUAGAAAUAGAAUUGUUAAAAUAUGUAUUUGACCAAAUAGCUUUAACGGAAAUGUAGAUACAUUUAUUAAAAACUCCAUAUUUUUAAUGGAACUAUUGUGUUAUAUAUUUCCAUUUCACAAACUUAGUUCUCAAUAAUUGUUCUAGUUGCUUCAAUAGGGGAUAUUAUUUUUUGGCUGCUAUUUUUCAAUUUCAAUAAACGUGAACAUGUUUAUCUACUAUCAAUAUUUAAUGUCCAGGUUACAAUGACCUAUUUUACACCAAGAGAAGUGUCAAGAAGCCUAGGAAAAAAAUACAGUAAUCCCGGUAUUUACCUUUUAUCUUGGGUUUUGUUUUCUUUUCACUUGUCAUGGCUUAAAACUAGAAAUGUCGAUGUAUCAUGUCCUGAAUCAUUUGUUUAACUGUUAAGCUGGUCAAAACCAUAGUAAUUGUUGCUACAUUACCAAUAAAAUUGGAAGAUGGUCAGUUAAUGGGUAUGGGGCAAUUAUUGGUGUGUUUACCUUACAAGGAAAACGAUCCUUUUUCAGGCCAACGCAAUUUUCGACACAUCCAUAAACUUCUUUAUAAAAUUGUUGAUUAUCUUAUUGAUAAAUCUUGAUAGUAGAUAAAAUUUUAUACAAUAUUUGUAUCUUAAAUUCAUAUUACGAUAGGUGAGGGGUAUCAUAAUAAGAUUUUACAUUUACUUAUAUUGUAAAUAAAAGUUGUGAUUAAUUAUUAUUAUUAAUAACGGAAAAUAUUACAAAAAGGUUUGUGUCGUAUCUGAAAAGCACAAAAUAACAUUAAAAACCUGUGCAUAAAUGUGAUUGUUUUUGAAUGGUUUUUAAGUAUAUAGCAAUUAUGCAGAAAGUUGUUUAUAAUUCUUUCUUAUAUUGAUACAUUUGAACUACUUUUCGUAUUUCCUCUUCUAGACACAUAAUAAAUAUUUUUUGUAAUGAAAUUAUCUUAUAUUUAUGGCAUUAUUAUAUGGAUUUUACUAAUUGAAAAAUUAUAGCCAAUGAUUAAUUUGUAAUAUUUUUUUUGUUCCUGUUAGAGGAGAUAUGAGAAGUUAUUAGAGUGUAUAGAGUAUUGUAUAUCUAAUUCUUAAGUGGAUAUUGAUAUCGACGUCAAUAUAAAAUACUAAGAUUGUUAACUUGCCUGGCUAAAAUUUAGGUAAAAAAAUGUGUUCAGUAAAAUUAACGAGCAAACAGGUGUAUACAGUUGGAUCAAACAUAAAAAUAUUGAGAGAAAAAAAUGUAUUUUUUCGUUUAAGCUGUAUAUUUCGUUGAUUUCUUUAUUUGUAUGUACAAAAAGUAGUCAUAUUUCAGUAUAACAUACACCAAUAAUGUUAUUCUCAUGGUAAAAACAACAAAAUUAAUGAAUUUAUGUUGGACGUUGCAUUAAAAAUUUUUAGUUUCUUGCGCUCCAUUUUUAUCUCUUAUCAUUUUUAAUCAUAAACAUUUUUCUUUCUGCUUCUUGUGAAAACUUUGUUUAAGAUUUUUCUGCUUUAAAAAUUCUGUCUUUUUAGGUUCUUUUGAAUAAAAGGAAGCAGGUCAAUUAAUUUGUCAACUUUCCUUAAGAUGUUUGGUGGCCUUCCAAAGAAUUGUAUAACUUUAUUGGAUAGUGGACAGCCUCAUCUAUUGAUUUAUACGCGAUAUCUUCACUGAGCAGCUUCAGUUUGCUGAUAUUUUGCUAAAGAAGUUCGACUUCGUGAAUGGACCGAAUGUGCCUAAUAGAUUGUUUAAGUAGUCUAAAAUCAUCUAUAACUAUCUCAAUCGAGUGUACUUGACAGCUUCACAGAAAGUGAAAAAAAUAUGUUUAAGUUCAGUCAACUGAAUAUGUUUAUUACAUUGUUUCAGGAGUCUAAAAGUAUCUUCCUAGAAUUGCAUUUCUGAUAAAACCACUUUAGAUCACAUUGGUUGGUUAUUGACAACUUGUUUAGCAGAAGAGUAAAGAAAAGUAGAAAAUCGACUUCAUGAAUUGAGUGAAUGUACCUGAUGCAAUGUUUUAGUAGUCUAAAACCAUCUUUGGGACACAUUGGUUAGUUGUUGACCACAGGUUCCUCGCCUAUAACUGUGUUGAUUGAUGUGUACUUAACAGCUUCACAGAAAAGUGAAAAAAAUUGUAAUCGACUUCAUGAAUGGAUUGAAUAUGUUCAAUACAUUGUUUUAGGUGUGUAAAAUCAUCUUCCCAGUAUUGCAUUUAUAAUAAAACCACUUUAGGUCAUAUUGGUUAGUUAUUGACAAAUUGUUUGGCAGAAAGAAUAAAAAAAAUGGAAAAUCGACUUCGUGAAUAGGCCGAAUGUACCUAAUGUAUUGUUUAAGUUUUCUAAAACUAUCUUUAGGUCAUAUUGGUCAGUUGUUAACAGCUUGUUGGUCAGAAGAAAUAAAAAAAGGCGAAAAUCUGAUUGUACCUAAUGCAAUGUUUAAGUUCAAGUUGUCUAAAAGGAAAGUGAAAAAAAAUGAAAUCGACUCCAUGAAUAAUAAAACCGGUUUUGAACACAUUGAUUGGUUGUUACCUGCUUGUUCCUCAUCUACAAGCGAUGCCAGUAUAAUUUGUACAAUAUGGAAAAUGACAUUUUUUAUUAUGUAUCUAAUUGCUUACGUUGGAAAAGUUGUUAGUUAUACGGUUUUAUUGAAACCAUAUUUGUUUUUUGAAUUGCCUCUUGAUUAGGGUAAAAAUUUCAUUGUCCUGGUAUAAAUGGAUGUUACAGUCCUUAAAAUUACAGCUUAAACUGGAAAUUACUCAGUUAUUUUAGAAACAAUUUGGAUCUGACGCGAUAAAAACUUUAGAUCGCCACUACAACAAAUUUAGAGGUUCCCUUAAUUUGUGAACUUUGGUUAUUGUUAUUAAAAAUAUUUGAUUUUGGAAGAAAUGGAGAACAUUAUUUUGUAAAAUGGCUUUUUUAUAUACAUAAUCAUGUAAACUCUUGUGAUUUCUAAUUUUAGAUGAAAAUAUAUAAAACAAAGAUUUUCCGGGGAAACAAAAACAUUUAAGGUAAUUAUGACAGACAGAGAAAUUUGAUAAUUUUUAAUACUCUGUGGAAAUAGAAUGGUAUGUUCGAUGACGUUUCAGUAUUAUCAGACUUUCAGUAGUUCGUAAGGAUUUACUCUGUCAACGUUUCAUAGUCCUUAAAUUAUUUUAUAUAUUAUAAAUUAUAGGAUAUGUAUACAAUUGACGUUCUCCAUUUUUUGUAGCCAAACUACUUUUAAACUUAAACUUUAAGGUUAUAAAUUAUGUUACGUUUUUUAGUGGUGAAUUUGGAUUCUACAGAAAAAGUAUUUUUUAUAGAACACUGAAAUAUGUUAAAUUUUAAUUAACAAUAACAUUAUUAAUUGUA